CUGUCUCACCGAACUCUGAGAGGCUUGAGAAUUAGUAGCUCAAAUGGGAAUUCCUUCAUUCUAUAGAUGGCUUGUCCAAAAAUACCCGCGUUCAGUCUCAGAAGUCAUAGAAGAAGUUCCUCCCGUCGUUAAUGGAGUUCGUGUACCGAUUGAUACGAGCCUUCCGAAUCCGAAUGGUGUGGAAUUUGACAAUCUCUACCUCGACAUGAAUGGCAUUAUUCACCCCUGUUUCCAUCCAGAGGACCAGCCGGCACCGAAGACGUAUGAAGAGGUUUUCAAGAAUGUUUUUAAAUACAUUGAUCGCAUUUUCUCAAUUGUUCGACCGCGUAAACUUCUCUACAUGGCAGUUGAUGGUGUUGCACCACGGGCUAAGAUGAAUCAACAGCGUGCAAGGAGAUUCAGAGCUGCUAAAGAUGCGGCAGAUAAAGCUGCUGAGGCAGAAAGGCUGAAAACUAAGACAAUGGAUUCGAAUGUAAUCACACCCGGAACGGAAUUCAUGGCAUUACUGUCUUCGGCUCUUCAAUAUUACAUACACCUAAGAAUGAACACAGAUCCAGGGUGGCGGGGCAUCAAGGUCAUUCUUUCGGAUGCGAAUGUUCCCGGUGAGGGGGAGCACAAGAUUAUGUCUUACAUUCGCUUGCAAAGGAGCCUGCCAGGAUUUGACCCUAACACACGACAUUGUUUGUAUGGCUUAGAUGCAGACUUAAUCAUGCUUGCUUUGGCUACCCACGAAGUACACUUUUCGAUUCUGAGAGAGGAUGUCACUAAGUUUAGGGUAAAAGAUACGAAUGCAAAAAAUGGGAAGUGGUCAUCACAAAGGGAUCAGAAGAGACAGCGCAAGAAGUUGACGCAAUCGAAAGUGAAUAGUGUGAAUAUAAAUGAUGGCAUCUCGACACUGCAAUUCCAGUUCCUCAAUAUUUGGAUUCUCAGGGACUACUUGGAACAUGACAUAAAAAUACCAGAUCAAACCGUGAAGGCAGACUUUGAGCGUCUUAUUGAUGAUUUUGUUUUUAUGUGUUUGUUUGCUGGAAAUGAUUUUCUACCUCAUGUCCCGUCAUUGGAAAUCUCUGAGGGGGCGAUUGACCUGCUUAUGGCUGUCUAUAAAAGGGAAUUUGUACGAAUGGGAGGUUAUCUAACAAAUUCUUUUGAGGUAAAUCUUGAACGUGUGGAGCUCUACCUAAAAGCUGUGGGAUCCCAUGAGAGUGCAAUUUUUAGGAAACGCAGUCAGACACAGGAGGGAAAUAGGAAGCAUGGCAGAAGCAGCGACUCUUCUAAACUACCUCAUGCUAAGCGACUAAAGAACUCUGAGAGUUUAUUGUCCUCUUCUAAGGUUGAUAAGAAGAAGACUCCAAUCUCCAUCAGUAAGGAAACAUCUUACGACGCUAAUGCAGUGGUUGACAAGGUUAAACUGGGAGAUAAAGGAUGGAAAGAAAGGUUUUAUACUGAGAAGUUUGAAACAAAGACUAAAGAUGACCAGGAAAAAAUUCGAAGUCAUGCGGUUUUAAAAUAUAUUGAAGGAAUUUGCUGGGUCAUGCAUUAUUACUAUCAAGGAGUAUGCUCCUGGCAAUGGUUCUAUCCUUACCAUUAUGGUCCAUUUGCUUCGGAUUUUUAUGCUCUUGGUCAGUUGGAGAUCCAAUUCACACUUGGUGAACCCUUCAAGCCACUUAAUCAGUUAAUGAGCGUAUUGCCUGCCGCAAGUGCACAUGCACUGCCUUUGUUUUACAGGGUAUUGAUGACAGAUUCGUCAUCACCUAUUUCAGAUUUUUAUCCCACAGAUUUUGAGCUUGACAUGAAUGGAAAGCGAUUUGCAUGGCAGGCUGUCUGUAAAUUACCGUUUAUUAUGGAAUCUCGUCUUCUUGCUGAGACUGCAAAGGUGGAACACACCUUAACGGAUGAGGAAAAACAGAGAAACAGUUUGGGAAUGGAUAGGCUCUUUGUUCACAUUUCACAUCCUUUAACAGUGAAGAUCUUCUCACUUUGUGAACAAAAUAGAGAUCAUCCAGUGUUGACUAAUGCUGAAGUCGAACACAAAAUUGACCCAAAAUUGAGCAAUGGUAUGAACGGGUACAUAUAUAUUUCUGAUAAGCCAGUGUUGCCUCCUGAAAUCUAUUCACCAAUUGAGGACAUGGAGAUGAUCACAAAGAAUGAAACCAUUUUUGUUUUUUAUAAGUACCCCGCCUUUCAUCCUCACAUUCCAAGGCUACCAGAGGGGGUUAUGAUUCCUGUGAAGUCGAUCCGCAGCUGUGAUGUUUUCUCUACUCCAAUGUUAUGGCAUGAGAAGUUGGCUGCUUUUGGACGUAGAUUUUCUGAAAGACCCAUUCCAAAGUCCAUCUCAGGCCCUUGUCUGGCAAAAUCAGCCCGCCGGCUUGUAUCAGAGCAUUAUCUCAUGAAGCAGAGAACUGUGGGAUCAACAGAACCCGAGGGCCAUGUCACUGCUGAUGGCUCUGGCUGUCACGCUAGCUCCCAAGCGACAAUUUGCAAGAAAGAGCUUGAUGAUGGUAGGAAAAGUUGCUCAAGUGGAAGUAAACCACGAAAAGGAAAAUGGCCAAUGAAGCAGAACGGACUUGUGGGCUCUACAGAACUCAAAGGCCAUCUCACUACAUAUUCCUCGCAUCAGCCAAAUUCCAAAGAGACAGUUCGAGGUGAAAGAAGUCAGGAAACCAAUGUGCUUGUAUCAGAAUCUUAUCUUAUUGGGCGGCAACAAGUCAUGGGUCCUGCAGAAUCCAAUUCCCAUUUCACCACUGGCAGCUCGGCCUGUCAGCUUAAUUCCGAUGAGACAGUUUAUGAGAAAGAGGGUGAUGACAUUAAACAAAGUUGCAUAACUGGGAGUGAACCUCAUAAAAAGAAAAAGGUGAAGAAACACCGAAGCUCAAUUGCCAAUGGACUUCAAUCAGAAUCUUGUCCCAUGAAGCAGCAACAAGGCAUGGGAUCUACAGAACUCGAUGACUGCAUAACUAAAGAUCACUCCACAAGCCAGCAAAGCUUGAAAGAGACAGCUGAUGAGCAAGAGCCUGAUAAUGGUGAAAAAAGUUGCUUCAAUGUCAAUGCUAGGAAAGAGAGAGUUCAUGAGAAAGAGCUCAAUUGUGGUGAAGCAAGUUCUAUCAAACUAAGUAAAUCUCAGAAGAACCGACGAGCCAGGAAACGUUACAAGGAACUCCGAGUACUCCAAAGUCAAGGGGCAGAAGAAGCUAAUUGUGAUCAAAGUCGCACCAAUAUUGAUGUUGCCAUAGAUUGCUCCGUACAUAAGGCAAACUCUAAAGAGAGAAUUCUUGAGGAAAGGCCUGAACCUUGUGAACAAAGUUGCCUAAAUGGGAGUAGAUCUCUGAAAAGAAAGAGGGUGAAGAAGAAACACCAAAACUCAGUGGCCAAUGAAAUUGUAUCAGAAUCUUGUCCCAUAGGGCACCAAGUUGUCAUGGGGGCUGCAGAAUACGAUGGCACUACAGGUGGCUCUGUGUGUCAGCCGAAUUCCAAAGAGACAGUUAAUGAGAAAGAGCUCAAUCACGUUGAAGCAAGUUCUAUCAAACUAAAGACAGUUCAUGAGAAAGAGCUCAAUCACGUUGAAGCAAGUUCUAUCAAACUAAGUAAAUCUCAGAAGAACCGACGAGCUAGGAAACGUUGCAAGGAACUCCGAGUACUCCAAAGUCAAGGGGCAGAAGAAGCUAAUUGUGAUCAAAGUCACACCAAUAUUGAUGUUGCCAUGGAUUGCUCCAUACAUCAGGCAAGCUCUAAAGGGACAGUUCUUGAGAAAAGACCUGAACCUUGUGAGCAAAGUUGCCUAAAUGGGAGUAGAUCUCCGAAAAGAAAGAGGGUGAAGAAGAAACGCCAAAACACAAUGGGCAAUGAAAUUGUUUCAGAAUCUUGUCCCAUAGGGCACCAAGUUGUCAUGGGGGCUGCAGAACUCAAUGGCUAUGUCGCUACACGUGGCUCUUUGUGUCGGCCAAAUUCCGAAAAGACAGUUAACGAGAAAGAGCUCAAUCAUGGUGAAGCAAGUUCUAUCAAAGUAAGUAGAUCUUAG